AUGCACCAUAAAAAACUCUACCAUUACUCGAAUAAAUUUCAACGUCAACGAACACCUAAUGAUAGAACGAAGAACGGUAUAUCUACGCCUACACCAAAAUCGACAUUACCUGGAAAGUCAAAUUCACAGGUAACAGGAAUAGAUACUACUGUUGUACCUUUUCCCUCUGCAACGAACCCUAAUGAGCAAGUAAAAACUAAUAAAAUAAUCAUAAAGAAGAGAUCACGUUAUAAUCCAAACCCUAAUGAACGAUCCCCAGGGAGUUUGAUUAGAAAGCAAGUAUUCCACAUUAGACCACCAAAUACUGGUGUAGCUUCAAUAGAGAAGGUUGAUUCUUUUAAUAAGACACCUGCUGCUAGCAGCACUGUGGGAUCCAGGUAUUCAGGCUCAGCAAAUGGAGAAACAAAGCAUUCAAGAUAUGAUAAACAUGCAAAAUUGCACAGAAGUCCAAGCUCCUCAACGUCACUUUUAUCGUCACCAUCUUCUUCAUCAUCAUCAUCGGUAUCAAGAUAUCAGCCAUAUAUCCAACACAACAUUUUACAAAGACCACUAUCUAGAUACAAUCCAAACUACUCAUCUCCCCUCUCGCAUACAAACAACGUACAUCAAAUGAAAUUAAAUAGAUGGAAACACCAAAAAAUGCAACCAUCAGGCAGAUAUAAUUCAACCGCGUCAUCCUCGAGUAAAGGAACUGCCACAUCUAAUAGUGUAAAUUCACUUGGUUCGAGCUUGAUCAAUUCUGUGAAACCGGCAAAAAGGAAGGGAAUAGAUGAUGAAACGUCACAUUUUAAGAUUAGUAUAAAGAAAUCAAAUAAUAAUAUUAAUAUAUUGAAUGAAAGUGAGAAGAACGAAGAAAAUAAAACGUACAACCUUCUAGAUAAACGGAAUAUUACCCAAAACAUAUUACCAAUUAGAAAAAUUGUUACCAAGAACAAUUUUACCACUGAAUUAACUCAGGAAAAGAGAGACAAUGCCAAUGCCAAUGCGGAAAGAUUACUAGAAGAGAACUAUGAAUAUAUUAGGGAUCCUGCACAGCUAAAGACAGAUAUAUCUGCCUUAAAGAAAAGCAGCCCUAUUAAACCAUACAAUUCAAUAAAUAAAUAUCCUCAAAGUUACAUAUUCCCUUUGAAUAAGAUAGAGACCAGACUUUGGGAAUUAAGAAAUAAAAUUCCCACUAAGAAACCGAUCCAAGUAACCAAAAUAGAGUCAUUAAGAGAUUAUUCCUUUUUCCAUAAGACCUUAAGACAACAUGCUACAAUAAGUAGGACAUCUGUUGUUUUAAAAUUGAUGAAACUAAAGAACUGUGGUCGUAUCCAGAAAUUACGAUUGAACCAAAAAUGGCUAAAAUUUGAAACCGAAUGGGAAAAAGAUAUGAAGAGCUUUAGAGGGUUAACACCAGAAGAGGAAGAUGUCCCCGAUGAUACAACAGAACUCGAUGAAUCUGAAAAUGAUAAAUUUGAAGAGGAAGAUGAAUUUAGUUCAUUAACACCAAGAACCUCGUCAAGAAGUAGCCGUAUUAACAGGGCUGAUUUUGUCGAUGAUUCCGAAUUGGAAGAUGUGUUGUUUCAAAUUGAUCCAGAUUACAGGAACCAUCAAUUAGCGGCAGAUAUACCACCUUUGAUAUUAUCUCCCGUUACAAGAUACGCCCAAAAAUUCCAAGAUACAAACAAUUUAAUUACGGAUAAAAAUCGCUGGGCGUCAAGAAUCAUUACGGAUGGGAUUGACACAUUUACUGAAAAUGAAAGUGGCUUAUUUCUAAAGGGAUAUUUGAGGUAUCCAAAGAAAUUUGGGAAAAUCUCCAAAUACAUGGGGGGGCUAAGAUCGUGUGAAGAGUGUGUGCAACACUAUUAUAAAACAAAGAGGAAAAUCAAUUACAAAUCUUUAAUCAAGAAACGUAACAUGAAGAGAGGGCGGGGAAGUAAGAAGAGUACCAGGAAGAAUGACGGUUCGGAAGAUAGCAAUUCCGAGUAUACUCUCAACGAAUCCGACAUGGGUGCCAGCAAUGCAGACACGGACAGCCUGAUGACGGACGCUACUUUCGACGAGGAAGAUAGUGAACAUGGACUUUAG